GGUGGGGGCGCUGUUGUCACUCUCCAUACCCAUAAGCGGGGGAGUGAGAGGUGCAUGAAAUGGAGAAAAAUGGCGGAUCAUGUGCAGGGCCUUGCCCAGCUGGAGAUCCUGUGUAAGCAGCUGUAUGAGACUACCGACACCGCCGUCCGACACCAGGCAGAGAAAGCUCUGGUUGAGUUCACCAACAGCCCUGACUGUCUCAGCAAAUGUCAGCUACUGCUGGAGAGAGGCAGUUCGUCAUAUUCUCAGCUGCUCGCGGCCACCUGUUUGUCUAAACUGGUAUCUCGAACCAGCAAUCCUCUACCCCUCGAACAACGCAUCGACAUCCGGAACUAUGUGCUGAAUUAUCUGGCUACGCGGCCGAAGUUAGCAGCAUUUGUGACCCAGGCUUUGAUCCAGCUCUACGCCAGGAUCACCAAACUGGGCUGGUUCGACUGUCAGAAAGAUGACUACGUCUUCAGAAACGUCAUCGCCGAUGUCACGCGCUUUCUACAGGAUAGCGUCGAACACUGCAUCAUUGGGGUGACCAUUCUGUCCCAGCUGACGAAUGAAAUCAAUCAGGCUGACACAACACAUCCUCUGACCAAACACAGAAAGAUAGCAUCAUCAUUCAGAGAUUCCUCCCUCUUCGACAUUUUCACUCUCUCCUGCAACCUCCUCAAACAGGCUUCGGGGAAGAACCUGAACCUGAAUGAUGAAUCUCAACACGGUCUGCUGAUGCAGCUGCUCAAACUCAGCUACAAUUGCCUCAACUACGACUUUAUAGGAACUUCCACAGACGAGUCGUCGGACGACCUCUGCACCGUGCAGAUCCCUACAUCAUGGCGAUCAGCGUUUCUCGAUUCCUCCACCCUGCAGCUCUUUUUCAAUUUAUAUCAUUCCAUCCCUCCAUCCCUCUCCCCAUUGGUGUUGUCGUGUCUAGUUCAGAUAGCCUCCGUCAGGAGGUCUCUCUUCAACAACGCAGAACGAGCAAAGUUUCUUUCACAUUUGGUGGACGGAGUUAAGAGGAUACUAGCCAACCCACAGUGUUUGCCAGAUCCUAAUAACUACCACGAGUUCUGUCGUCUGCUGGCGAGGCUGAAGAGUAACUACCAGCUCGGGGAGCUGGUCAAGGUCGAAAACUACCCUGAAGUUAUUCGACUUAUAGCAAACUUCACCGUCACCAGUCUGCAGCACUGGGAGUUUGCCCCCAACAGUGUUCACUACCUGCUGAGUCUGUGGCAGCGUCUGGCAGCAUCAGUCCCCUACGUUAAAGCCACCGAGCCUCAUCUGCUGGAGACCUACACUCCAGAGGUCACCAAGGCCUACAUCACAUCGCGGCUGGAGUCGGUCCACGUCAUCCUCAGAGACGGUUUAGAAGACCCUCUAGAUGACGCAGGCCUGGUUCAGCAGCAGCUUGACCAGUUAUCCACCAUCGGUAGGUGCGAGUACGAGAAGACGUGUGCUCUGCUGGUCCAACUGUUUGACCAGGCAGCUCAGACCUACCAGGAGCUGCUACAGUCCACCAACUCCAGCGCUGCAGACAUCACUGUGCAGGAGGGUCGGUUGACGUGGUUGGUUUAUAUCAUCGGAGCGGUGAUUGGUGGACGGGUGUCGUUUGCGAGUACAGAUGAGCAGGACGCCAUGGACGGAGAGUUAGUCUGUCGGGUGCUCCAGCUGAUGAAUCUGACCGACUCUCGGCUAGCUCAGGCCGGUAACGAGAGACUGGAGCUGGCCAUGCUCAGCUUCUUCGAACAGUUCAGAAAGAUCUACAUUGGCGACCAGGUGCAGAAAUCAUCAAAGCUUUAUCGACGACUAUCAGAAGUUCUGGGUUUGAAUGACGAGACGAUGGUACUCAGUGUCUUUAUAGGGAAAAUCAUCACAAACUUGAAGUACUGGGGCCAGUGUGAACCAAUCACCUCCAAGACACUCCAGCUGCUGAACGACCUCUCAUUAGGAUACAGCAGUGUGAGGAAGUUGGUGAAGCUCAGCGCUGUCCAGUUCAUGUUGAAUAACCACACAAGUGAGCACUUCUCCUUCCUCGGGGUGAACAACCAGUCGAAUCUGAGCGACAUGAGAUGUCGGACCACCUUCUACACUGCACUGGGACGCCUGCUAAUGGUCGAUCUGGGCGAGGACGAGGACCAGUUUGAACAGUUCAUGCUGCCUUUGACGGCUGCGUUUGAAGCUGUGGCUCAGAUGCUGAGUACAAACACCUUCAAUGAGCAGGAAGCAAAGAGGACUUUGGUGGGUCUGGUCCGAGACCUGCGAGGCAUCGCGUUCGCCUUCAACGCCAAGACCAGCUUCAUGAUGCUCUUUGACUGGAUAUAUCCGGCCUACAUGCCCAUCUUACAGCGGGCCAUAGAGCUUUGGUACCACGACCCAGCGUGCACCACACCUGUCCUUAAGCUAAUGGCUGAACUCGUUCACAACAGAUCCCAAAGGCUACAGUUUGAUGUGUCGUCACCCAACGGUAUCCUGCUGUUCAGAGAAACCAGCAAGAUGAUCACUACCUACGGGAAUCGUAUCCUGACGUUGGGAGAAGUACCGAAGGACCAGGUGUACGGAGUGAAGCUGAAGGGGGUCAGCGUGUGUUUCGCCAUGCUGAAGGCGGUGCUCAGCGGAAACUACGUCAACUUCGGGGUCUUCCGUCUGUACGGCGACGACGCGCUGGAUAACGCCUUGCAGACCUUCAUCAAACUGCUGCUGUCCAUCCCCCACAGUGACUUACUAGACUAUCCUAAACUCAGCCAGUCGUUCUACUCCCUGCUGGAAGUGCUGACACAGGACCACAUGAACUUCAUCGCCAGUCUGGAGCCUCAUGUCGUCAUGUACAUCCUGUCUUCGAUAUCGGAGGGGCUCACCGCACUCGAUACGAUGGUGUGCACAGGCUGCUGCUCCAGUCUGGACCACAUAGUGACCUACCUGUUCAAACAGCUGUCACGCUCCACAAAGAAGCGUCCCGCUCCGAUGGCGACAGACGACCGCUUCCUACACAUCAUGCAGCAGCACCCGGAGAUGAUCCAGCAGAUGCUGUCCACAGUUUUGAACAUCAUCAUCUUCGAGGACUGUAGGAACCAGUGGUCGAUGUCACGGCCUCUGUUAGGCCUCAUCCUGCUCAACGAGAAGUAUUUUGCCGACCUGAGGAACAGCAUCGUCAACAGCCAGCCCCCGGAGAAGCAGCAAGCCAUGCACUUAUGUUUCGAGAACUUGAUGGAGGGAAUAGAGAGAAACCUACUAACAAAGAAUCGGGACAGGUUUACUCAGAACUUGUCGGUGUUCAGGAGGGAAGUCAACGACAGCAUGAAGAACUCAACGUACGGCGUCAACAGCAACGACAUGAUGAGCUGACAUUCCACACGGCAGAGUCUUACCCAGCUGCAGACAGAGCUCACCCCUCUCCUCACCCCUCCCUCGCUCCUCCACAGCCCCCUUCAUCCUCCUCCCUCCCCGAACCUCUCUGCAUCGGCCUCCUUCCGCCUCCCUCCCCCCCUGGGCCCGGAUGCCUAGGGAUCAUCUCCUCACCCCGGUACGCGACGUACGGGAUCGUUGGUCAAAUUCAGCGAACAGCCCCCGCCCCUUCCUCCUCCUUUUUGAUAAAAGCAUAUAUAAAUAUAUACAGAUCUAUUUUAAAGCCAGUCUGCGUUGGUCUGACUCGUCUGGCGGUCCUGACAGAGGAGGGGUCGCAUGUCUGAGCGCUCUAAAUCACCCGCGGAGGAAGGAGAGUGCUGUGGAAGUAGGCGGAGGCGAGGUGGGGGCGAGUUUGGGGCGAGGUGAGGUGAGGAAUGCCGGUAAACGUAGUAAUCCGCUUCUGCCUGCCUUGUAUAGAAAAACACACAAAAAACCAAGUGUACAUUUUUUUUCGUAACAUUUUGAACAAUGUUUAUAAUGAUCGAAUUUAAAACACAAAGAUGAGUUGAGGAAAAACAAAACAAAAAAAACAAAAACAAAAAAAAACAAAAACCGUGUGAUUGAGCUUUUUACAGUGUAGUGAGUUAGUGCAACUGUCUGUCUGCGUGGGGAGCGAGCUUUGAGAGGGAGGACGGGUGAGGACGGAGGGGAGUGAACUGAGCUGCAGGGUGGCCACCGGAGCACUCGGGCUGCAGAGCCGGCACGAUGAAACGGAAGCAGAGGUACACACACUAACGGAGAGGGAGAGUCAGAGCAUCCGUGUUGUACAUUUUUCUCAGUCUCUGGUGGAAGUGAUGUAAAUAGCCACGUUGCCCCGUGGCAGCAGGCGCGACAGCUCUGCUGCGUCCUGUCUGACUCUGAGUCGUAAAACUUUUUCGGUUGAAGAGAUUCCGUCGGAAAAGAGCUGCUGUCAAAACGCGAGCCCGAAGCGUGAACCUCGCAAAACGCAAAAACUCGUUUCAGGCCGAGAUGUCGUUUUCCGCAAAACGGGACUCGUAACGAUGCCGUGUCAUUUGAUGGCAAUGAGGGAAGACAUUAAAUACAGUGCAGAUAAAACCGACAGGAAGGACUGAUACAAAUGAGACAAAGAUAAAAACCAGUUUCGCUUAAACCAUUUCAAACUAGAGCUGAUUCAUCGGCCAAUCUGAGGACGACUGUCAGCAGUUUUCAUAAUUGAUCAGUGGUUACGUCUUUCAAGCAAAAAUCCCCCAAAUUCUCUGGUUCCAGCUUCUGAAAUGUGAAAAUGUGCUUGUUUUCUUACUCUUCGGUCUCAGCAAACGAAAUAUCAUCAGUUUGUGGACCGUCGGUCGGGAGAAAAGAAGCAAUAUGAAGACGUCUCCUUGGAAUCUGGGACCAUAGCUGAUGUUUCUCGAAUAGAAAAUGAUCAAUUGUUCAUCAGUUAAACUAAUCAUUUAUACAGUUAUCAAAUUAGUUUGAUUCAUUUUCUGUGGAUCGGUUAAUCAACUCAUUGGUUCAGCUCAACUUCAGAUGUCUUGUUUUAGUUUGCUGAGACAGAAGACAAAAAAAAACGGCAAAUAUUUACUUUUGAGAAGCUCCAACCAGUGAAUUUCUUACUUUUUUUUUUCUCUGAAAAACUGGCCAAACCCAUCAUGGAUCGUUAGAGGUGAAUUUUCUGUGGAUUGAUUAAUCUGCCAAUCAUUUCCGGUCAACUUGUAACGUCUGGUUUUGUCCGAACAACAGCCCAAAACUCAAAGAUAUAGCGCUUCAACGACUAGUCCAUCAAUCCAUUUGUCAAUCAACAGAAAAUAAUUCAGCAACUAUUCUGAUUAUGGAUUGUUUUAGUCAUUUUUUGACACAAAAAUGCCAAAAAUUCACAGUUUGCAGCUUCUGAAAUGCGAGAAUCUGCUGCUUUUCUUUGUGAAGCCGGAGAGAAAAACAGCAGAUUCUCCCAUUGGAGGCGAGGGAAGCAGUUAACAUUUGGCCUUUUUUCUUUAGAAAACGACGUCAAGAUUUGUUGAUGAUCAAAGUAGUGGCCGAUUAUUUUAAGCUGCAGCUCGGGCCUGAAAUGGUUUAUGGGAAAUCGACGUUUACUGGGGAAACUUCUGGAGGCUCGCGCUUCUUGUCCUGAUGUAAAAUGUUUUGCUGGAGUCACGUUUUCUUACUUUUUUUACAAGUGAGGUGACCCGGAGCCAGAGCGGGCACGGUCACGGGGAUGAGAAACACCGUAACGUCCCGUCCGGUCUGGCCCGGCUCCGCCUUUCCCCUCUAAUCGCAGCGGCACGCGAGACCCCGGCGUCCCGGAGGUCCCGCGUUCACGCACUCGCUUGUUUCCCUGCGACGAUCGACGUGUAAGCAACAUGGUCACGGCUACAUUUCCCCCUCUGGUAGGCUGGGUGCAGUUUCCACCAUUUUGUUUACACUCUGGAUUCCAGGUUUUGGGACUGCCCCCCCUUUUAGGUCCUGCAGUGGAGUCCUUUCGGUGUGUGUGUGUGUGUUGUCGUCUGAGUGUGUGUGUGUGUGUGUGUGUGUGAAGUGGCUCUCUGUUGCCUGGUGUGUAUGUGGCGUCUCAUGGUGCUCGUGAUGGAGCUCAAACAGCCAAGGUCCGUGCCACCGCCGAGGACAGAUUAUUAAUCUUGACGAUGAGAAUGGAGGGAAAUCCACCGUAGACAUCCGGCCAGCAGAGCUCCCAUGAAGGAAUCCAGUUCAGUUUUAAAUAUCUGAAGAGAAGUGCAUUGAACCUUGGUAGAAGUCAGAACAGUGUAAAAAGAGAAGCGGGAGUGGAGUCUAUUAGCAACUUGUGUUACUCUCUACGAUGUUGCUGCUAACUGUUUGUGACAACUAGCUCAUCUCUAACCAUGUCAGCACUCAUGGAUGUGUAUUGAGUUCCUAAUUUUUGGUUUGUGUCCCUGAUGUGAAUGUGUUGGGUCCAUAGAGUGAAUAGCUGUUUGAGUUGUUUGGAUGUCUGCUACAUAUAGUGUAAGCAUUGUGACUGCAAAUAAACCUCAUUGAUUUUUAGA